GGGGGAGAGCCGAGGCGGAAGUCGAGGGGCCCCUCAGGUGGAAGUGACGCUGACCCCGCUGCCCAAAAUGUCGGCGCCCAGAGGGAGGUAGAAAGCCCCAAGCCACCACCGGACCUUCCGGCAUGGAAGACUCCUCGCUGCCUGUGGUUCCUGCCCCCAUCCCUGCUCCAGGCCCAGCACCAUCUGCCACUGAGAGCCAGCUGCUGGAUUCCAGAGCUUGGGUUCAUUCUCCUGGGCAUCUCCUGCUGGGCCCAGCUCGUCAGCCCUUCCUCUGCUCUUGUUCGCAGGUUGUCCACACUGGUGAAAAGCCCUACUGCUGUUUGGUCUGCGAGCUCCGCUUCUCCUCUCGCUCCAGCCUGGGCCGCCAUCUUAAGCGGCAGCACCGGGGCACACUUCCCUCUCCCCUGCAGCCUAGCCCGGGCCUGCCUCCCCUGAGCUCCCCCUGCUCAGUAUGUUGCAACGUGGGUCCCUGCUCUGUUUGUGGNGGUGGAGGGUCCAGUGGAGGAGCGGGCCUGGAGGGAGCAGGAGCAACCAGCUGGGGACUGGCAGAAGCUGCAGCAGCCGCAGCGGCCUCGCUGCCCCCAUUCGCAUGUGGUGCCUGUGCGUUUUGACCAUGGCCGGGAGCUUGCAGCCCACUGGGCCGCACACACCGAUGUGAAGCCAUUCAAGUGCCCGCGCUGUGAGCNCGACUUCAAUGCACCUGCACUNCUNGAACGCCACAAGCUCACGCACGACCUGCAGGGGAGCAAUGCACCUCCAACGCAGGUUUGGGCCUCGGGUGGGGGUCCGGAGGUGGCAGGAGAGGGUGAUGCUUCGGAGGUGGGGGCCUCCCCCGAGACUUCGGACGCCGGGCUGCUCCUGAGCCCUACCGGGGCAGGCGUGCCCAAGCUGGAGGCACUGCUGCCGGGAGACGAGGACUCUGGGAAUGACCAGGCUCCGGCUGCAGCAACCGAAGCAUCUUCAGAAGACACACUGUACCAGUGCGACUGCGGGACCUUCUUCGCAUCUGCACA